CUUUUCACUUCACUUUUCACUUGUCAAUUUAUGAAAAUAAAUUGAUUUGGAAAGUUCCGUAUUUUGUUUGCAUAAAACUCAAAAUUAUAAAACAUUUAUGAAUGAUAACGUUGUAAACGAGUAAAUAGAAACUCAGAUCCAACAUGUGGGAUUCCACAAUGUUUUUGAGUACUUUAACACCUAAAUUUUAUGUAGCAUUGACAGGCACUUCAUCUCUGAUCUCCGGUCUCAUAUUGAUAUUUGAAUGGUGGUAUUUUCGAAAAUAUGGAACUUCUUUUAUCGAACAAGUUUCUAUAAACCACAUCAGUCCUUGGAUAAGUGGCGACUAUGGAGAAACUAGUAAUACAAAUAAUGUAAAUGGUGCAAAUAUCCAGCCACAGGUACCAGAAUGUAAAGUGUGGAGAAAUCCUUUAAAUUUGUAUCGUGGAGCCGAAUACCAACGCUUUUACUGGGCCACUAAUAAAGAACCUCUAACUUAUUAUGAUAUGAACUUAUCAGCUCAAGACCAUCAAACUUUUUUUACUUGUGAAGCUGAUGUAGGUAAGGCAGAAUAUGAAAUUAUGCAGACUGCUUGGCGAGAAAGAAAUCCUACAGUGCGUUUAAAAGCAGCCCAUAAUGCACUUGAAAAGAAUUCAGAAUGUGCACCUGCAUAUAUAUUGCUUGCUGAGGAGGAAGCAACAACAAUAACAGAAGCUGAAAAAAUAUUGAAACAAGCUCUUAAAGUUGCUGAAGCUAACUACAGAAAAUCUCAAGCAUUACAGCACCAGGGGAGUUUAAUGGAAGCUCAGCACCGGCGCGAUACCAAUGUGUUAAUUUAUAUAAAAAGAAGACUAGCUAUGUGUGCUAGAAAAUUAGGAAAGCUUAAAGAGGCUGUAAAAAUGUUUCGUGAUUUAACAAAGGAAGUGCCACCAAUUAUGAAUGUACUUAACAUACAUGAAAAUCUUAUAGAAGCGUUACUAGAAAUGCAAGCAUAUGCAGAUGUCCAAGCGGUUUUAGGCAGAUAUGAUGACAUAUCUUUACCAAAAUCAGCAACCAUUUGCUACACAGCUGCCCUGCUGAAAGCUCGAAUUGUUGCUGAUAAAUUUUCGCCAGAUGUUGCUAGUAAAAGAGGGUUAAACACAGCAGAGAUGGCUGCUGUAGAAGCCAUACACAGAGCAGUAGAAUUCAAUCCACAUGUUCCUAAAUAUCUUCUUGAGAUGAAACCAUUAAUAUUACCUCCAGAGCAUGUGUUGAAAAGGGGUGAUUCUGAAGCUUUAGCCUAUGCUUUUUUCCAUUUAUCCCAUUGGAAAGCAGUAGAAGGGGCACUAAAUCUUUUGCAUUGUACUUGGGAAGGAACAUUCAGAAUGCUACCUUAUCCUUUGGAAAGAGGUCAUUUAUUUUACCCCUACCCAACUUGUACAGAGUGUGCUGAUAGAGAGCUUCUUCCAGCCUUUCACGAAGUCUCAGUGUACCCCAAGAAAGAGUUGCCAUUUUUCAUUAUUUUCACUGCAGGACUAUGUUCAUUUACUGCACUUCUGGCACUAUUAACGCAUCAGUAUCCAGAUUUGAUGGGUAUUUUUGCUAAAUCUGUUGUCAGCUGGAUGUCAAUGCCGAUAUAUUAUUUAUAUGAAAAGGUAGAGGGAGUCCUACCAUCUAAUUUGCUCCAGCAACUGAUACGAAUUUAAUUUUUAUAACCAUUUUCCGUUUACAAUAAUCUGCUAAUCAACAUAAAUAUGGUCAAACAUUUUUUUAUUUUUUAAAACUAUUUUUUAAUAUUUAUUUACAUUUAAAAAAGAAAGCAUUAUAAAUGAAAAUGGGUCCCUUUAAAAAUUAUCUCCUAUCUCAACUUUUAUAAUGUUAAUUAUUAUAAAUUAAGAGUAAUGAAUAAGCUUAACUGAAAACUGUUUAUUGUUUCUUUAAAAAUCAAAAACAUAAUUUUUCGUCGAUUUUUAUUUUUUACAAGGGAAGAUAUAUUUGUAAAUUUAUUAUUUAAAUUAUUGGAAUAGCAGAAAACAUUAAUUAUAAAAAUGUCUUGGAAAUAUUCUAAUUAGACGAUUUUUAAAGGCCAUACUUUUGUGUAUUGUAUAGUUUAUUUUCUUUUAGAUUUUAAAAUGUAUUUGUAUUGUGAGAUCAGCAGAUUAUAUAUCCUUUUUAUUGAUGCAUGAAUCGUACUUACAAAAUAAAUUAGGUAUUUUAUUUAUUGUGUUUGUAGAAGUCUUUGUAUUUUAAAAUUGUGUUUUUCUGUUUGUUUUCGUUCAGAAAAAAAAAAUAUUUGAAGCGACUGCAUUGAUCAAUAUUUACGUAUUAAUUAAUUUUCGUUAACAUAACUGAGUUAUUCAUAUUUAUUUAUAAAAAUUAAUAUCCUAGUCAUUGUAGUUAUUUUAUUUUUGUUAUCAUUUUCGUUCGCAAUUACACGACGUUUCCUUAAACAAAAGUAUUUUUAUUAUUCAAUUUUAGAAGUAACAACAAUAUUGAGAUUGAAGUGGCUUAUUUAACCCUAGGAGUAGAAUUUAUUUCCAGGAAGCUUAGAUCGAGAAAAACAACUACUCGAGGUAUUAAAUCACUUUAGUCCCCCGGUGUAUACAUUAUUUUAUUAUAGAUAAUUUAUUUAUUUGGUUUCAAACAACCGACUUAGCCUACCCUCUUUAUUGUCCCUAAAAAUAAUUGAUUAAAAUAUGAAUUUUAUACCGGUUGCAAGAACGUUUGUUAAAUAUUGAUGUUUAGACUGUGUGCCGUCAGGAAUGUUUCUGGCCAUUAUAGUAAUAAUUAAUUUUCAUGGUUCCUUUGUCUCAUUUGAUGGGUAUAGUUUGGCUAAACUAUACCCAAGAACAGUUUAUAGCUAAAGAAUCAGUUCGCUCACUCUGCGUCAUCACUUUUGAUCUCAAUGUUCCAGUUUAUACACUGCGCAACUCGGAUUUGUAUCCUUGGCGCGUACAGAAUUAAAUCAUAACCAAUACAAUACAUGAUCACCGCCUAUAUUUAAACAGCAGUCUGCUGCACAUCCUAAAUUUGUAUCCCUAGAGUGAAUGUUAUUUUGGAACAUUCAACUGGUCUGAGUGGGCUAACUGAUUCUUUAGCAAUAAACUGUGGUUUAGCAGUGAUUUAAUUUUUUUUUUUGGUAGGACAUGCAAUUACAAAUCGCAGUGGGUUUCUGUUUUGAUAAUGAUGCGUAGUAUUUUCCUCACCUGUUGUAAGUCAAAUGGCACCAUAAUUUACAUAACUCGCCUCGGAGCGCUACGUCAAAUAAUAUAAUGAUCCCUCCCCGCACAAGGUCUUCAGGGCUUCAGUUCACUCAUAAGGGGAUGAAUUAUAGGGAGAGUAUUAGUAUAGUAUGAAGCUGGUGGCAUUUAGACAUAUCACAUUUUUAAAAAACGUUCUUACAACUGGUUCUAUAUGUUUGUCUACAAAGUGCAAAAUAUUUAUUUUUUAAAGUUCUACUAUUCGAAUCAGUAUCAAAUUUUACGCACAGUUUUAUGUGUUCAAUUUUUUAUACUCUUUUAUAUUUGGGAUAAUGCAAAAUAUUUGAUUCCAUCAAUUUUCGAUUAUUUUGAGAAUUGUAUAAAACAUCACGAAUAAUAAAUGUAAUAUUACCAAGGGAAAUCUUUGAACAACUGAAGUAUCAAAACUUUUGGAUACAUAUGAUUUUUUCUUGUAUUGAAAAAUUAUUUUUGGUCUCGAUGUUAAUAUGUGUAUUUUUUCAGACUGUGUAGAAAUACAAAUAAAAGUUUUGAA